GUCGUAGUGUGGAUGUAAUGGAUGUAUAUAUAUGUGUUGGUGUGUGUUAUGUUAAUUUUUAUUAUUGUGAAAGGCAUCAAGUAGUGCUGUGCUGCCUUCAAGAUGCAGACAAUAUUUUCAGUCAUACGUUCGAUAGACAUAAUCUAAUGUUUUCUGAUUAUAAGACAGGCAGGUAUUUUGUCAAAUUUUCUCUAUUGAAAGUUUGAUUCUUGGUAAAAAUGUCAGUUUGUGUUUUCAAUGUUGAGUGAACGUUUUUCGUAGACUGCUUUGUUCCUUCAAGUGACUGAUGUGAAAAAUACUACGAUUGCACUAUUUUCAUUCAUGUUAGGAACUUGUUAAAAUGUGUGGAAGAAGUUAAAAAUGAAGUGUGUGAAACGAUGAUAUUACUGAAGUUAUUACUUAAGUGUAUUUGGACAUUCUAAUAAUUGAAUUGGUAUUAUUUUUACACCACCACUUUGUUUCUACGAUAAGGUACCUAUCUAGUGUAACAUGGAUGCAAGUGACUCACCUUCUAAGACGUCUGAAGAUUCAUACAGUGAAGGAAAGUAUACAUGCUAUGAUGAAGCACACUUUAAAUUCAUUGUUCCUCCUGAAGCUCCUGUGUUUGAACCAACUAUUGAAGAAUUUGAAGAUCCUCUUCGUUACAUAAGUAAAAUAAGGCCUAUUGCUGAAAAAUGUGGUAUUUGCAAAAUAAAGCCACCAAAUAACUGGCAGCCACCUUUUGCAGUAGAUGUUGAUCAUUUUAAAUUCACUCCUCGAAUUCAGCAUUUAAAUGAAUUGGAAGCUCAGACAAGGAUUAAACUAAACUUUCUUGACCAGAUUGCUAGAUUCUGGGAGCUCCAAGGCUCCUUACUAAAAAUUCCAGUUGUAGAACGUAGAGCUUUGGACCUGUACACGCUGCACCAAUAUGUUCAAGACGAAGGUGGUUUAGAAAAUGUGAGUAAAGAGAGAAAAUGGACAAGGGUAGCUUGUCGCAUGGGCUAUCCUACCGGGAGAGGAGUUGGAACACUACUGAAAAACCAUUACGAGAAGAUUCUGUAUCCAUUCGAUGUGUUUCAUCGAGGAAAAGCUUUGAAGGGAGAAGAAAUGGAUGAACCAAAUUUCAAAGAAGGGUCAGAUAGAACUUCUCAAGAUUACAAACCUCAUGGCAUUCCAUCUAGACAAGCAAUCAAACCGUCUCCUACUGAUCGUCGUGCUAAUCGCUACAGUUCAAUUGAUUGUAAACCUAUCCAAAUUGCAGAAGAAGAUCUGAAAACUAACAAGGAGCUUGGAAGACUACAGUUCUAUGGAAUGGCUGGACCGAAAAUGGCAAGUUUUUAUGAAUUAAGUAGUAAAAAUAGUGGAGAAAAAACCGAAGAAAUCCAGAAUAAAUUAUCCAAACCAAAGAAAAGAGAUCCAUCACAUAAUGUGUUUGAUCCGUUUGCAAAAUAUGUAUGUCAUAAUUGUGAAAGAGGUGAUUCUGAAGAAUCGAUGCUUUUAUGUGAUGGAUGUGAUGAUAGCUACCAUACAUUCUGUCUAAAGCCUCCUCUGCCUGAUAUUCCCAAAGGAGAUUGGAGGUGUCCAAAGUGUGUGGCUGAGGAAGUGAAUAAACCUACAGAAGCUUUUGGAUUUGAACAGGCUCAAACAGAAUAUUCUUUACAACAGUUUGGUGAAAUGGCUGAUCAGUUCAAAUCAAAUUAUUUCAAUAUGCCAGUGCACCUUGUUCCUACAACUUUGGUUGAGAAAGAAUUUUGGCGUAUAGUAUCUUCAAUUGAUGAAGAUGUAACAGUUCAAUAUGGGGCAGAUUUACACACGAUGGACCAUGGAUCAGGGUUUCCUACUAAGCAGACGAUUUCUAUGAAUGAUAAUCAUCCGUACAUAGGCGACAUAAAAGAAUAUGCAGAAUCUAGCUGGAACCUCAAUAACUUACCUGUGUUAGAAGGCUCAGUUCUUGGACAUAUAAAUGCAGACAUAUCUGGAAUGAAGGUGCCAUGGAUGUAUGUUGGAAUGUGCUUUGCUACAUUUUGCUGGCAUAAUGAAGAUCACUGGAGCUACUCUAUCAAUUACUUGCACUGGGGCGAGCCUAAAACCUGGUAUGGUGUACCUGGAGAUAAAGCCGAAAAUUUUGAACAGUCUAUGAAAUCAGCAGCACCAGAACUCUUCGACUCUCAGCCUGAUCUCCUCCAUCAACUUGUGACAAUAAUGAAUCCAAAUGUUUUAAUGGAUGCUGGUGUCCCAGUCUUCAGAACAGACCAACAGGCAGGUGAAUUCGUCAUCACAUUCCCUCGAGCUUAUCAUGCUGGUUUUAAUCAAGGAUACAAUUUUGCUGAAGCUGUGAAUUUUGCUCCUGCUGACUGGUUGAAGAUGGGGCGUGAGUGUAUAACACAUUAUUCUGAACUACAUCGAUUUUGUGUGUUCUCCCAUGAUGAACUGAUAUGUAAAAUGGCCAGUCAGUGUGAUUUACUGGAUGCACGAGUUGCUCUGUCAACCUAUCAUGAUAUGGUGGAAAUGGUUGAAAGUGAAAAGAAAUUGAGAAAGUCUCUUUUGGAGUGGGGUGUUAGAGAAGCUGAAAGAGAAGCAUUUGAAUUGUUGCCUGAUGACAAGCGGCAAUGCGAAGUAUGUAAAACUACUUGCUUCCUAUCUGCUGUUACUUGUUCAUGCACCACAACUCAACAGGUAUGUUUGAAACAUUAUACUGAACUGUGUAAAUGCCCUCCUGUCAAACAUACACUAAGAUACCGAUACACUUUAGAUGAGCUUCCACAAAUGUUGCAAAAAUUGAAAGUCAAAGCUGAAGCAUUCAAUAUCUGGUUGGAAAAGGUAAAAAAUUCUCUUGAUACCAGAGUGCCAUCUACACUGACCUUCGAGGAGUUUAGAAAUUUGCUAACAGAAGCUAAAGAGAAGAAUUUCCCUGAUGAAGAACUUUUAGUGCACUUGGCAGAAGGAAUUGAAGAAGCUGAGAAAUAUGUGAGUGUUGCAAAGCAGUUGCACUACAAUAGAGUUAGAACUAGAAAACAAGCUUCCAAAGAAUCAAAAUGUAAACUAACCUUGGAAGAGUUGAAUCUAUUUUACAAACAUUUGGAUCUGUUGCCAUGUGUUAUAAAAGAAGCUGACUCUGUGAAACAACUCAUUGCUAGUGGUGAAAAAUUUAAAACUGAGGCUGAAGAACUAUUGAAAAGAGAAGAAGUAGAUUCUGAUGAUUUGAAGAAGUGCAUGGAAGCAGGAGCACUACUUGAUAUUGAAUUUGAAGAAUUGCCCAAGUUGAAGGAAAAAUAUGAUAAAGUUAAAUGGCUUGAAGAUGUUAAACUACUUAAGGAAAACCCAGAACAAGUUACCGCUGACUGUUUAAGAACACUUUUGAAAUCAGGGGAGGAAAAAUAUUCUGAAUGCAACUUCGAAAUAGGAAUGACUGAACUUCAAGGUCUAUUGAAUUCUAUUGAGAAUUGGGAAGAAAAUGUGCAGAAAGCACUGAAAGGACGUCCACGUAUUGGCUAUCUUCUUAAAUUGUUGACUGAAUCAGAACAAAUCAAAGCUAUUCUUCCAAGCAAACCUAGUUUGAAAUCCUGUUUGAAAAGAGGGAAAGAUUGGAUUUGUAAAGUAAAAGCAGUUUAUGAUCAAAAGACUUUCCCUUUCAUUGAUGUGUUGGAAGACCUUGUCAAUAAGGGAAAAGGACUUUCCUUAGAGCUUGCUCUGUUGAAACAAAUGCAAAUGACUCUCACAAAAACAAAAAUUUGGAAGGAAAAAGCAGGAAAAAUAUUCUGCUUGAAAAAUUCGGUUUAUUCUUUGUUUGAGAUAUUAACACCCAGAACACAGGUUGGAAUCAACUUCUACAAGAAUAGAAUCAAACGCAAAGAGUCGAAUAAUUGUGAGGAGUACCUGCUAGCAAACGUCAAGCUGGCUGGAUCUAUCAAAGAACGAGAGAUUGAAUUGGCGUAUAAUAGUGCUCUCAAGAAAGAGAUGGAGCUUAUUUAUGAGCUACGACUUGAAAAUGUCCAGAAAAAGAAGCUGAAUUCUCCUGAUACUAAGUACUGUAUAUGCCAGAAGACAACUUCUGGAUCAAUGAUGUUAGAGUGCUCAUUAUGUCGAGAUAUGUUCCACGCUACUUGUGUCACAUUGACGAGAGUUAAUGGUAGGACGCGAAGAGAGAUAUUAGACACAAAACUGAUUUGUCCUUCUUGUACACGCUCCAAUAGACCAAAUUUGGAUGAAGUGAAGCAAUUAUUGAUGGAUCUGAAAUCUGUACGUACCCGAUUUCCGGAAGCAGAAGCGUUCCAGUGUUUAAUACAAAGAGCAUUCAACUGGCGAGAAAAAGCUCAACUUUUACUUUCUGCUGAAGAAAUGAAAGUAGCUCUAAAUAGAGCCGACUUUGUGUUGAGACAAAAGAAUAAAUUGAGAGUUGGAAGCAACAAUAACGAUCUUCAAAAGGCUGGUAAAAAUUCACCUACUGAUGCAGUAGGAGAAAGUAUAACAGAGCUUAAUGAACUAUCCAACGAUAACUCUGAUAAUAUAGCAAAUAGCACACCCGCUAACAAGCCAUUUGCAUUCAAGAAACCAUUGAAUAAAGCUCCGCGUUUGGCAAAGAUGCCUGCUGUCAGUAUGUCACCAGAAGGUCGGCUGCUUUUGAAGGAAUUGCUAACCGAAGGAGACUUGCUUGAAAUAGAAGUAGAAGAAACAGAUAAGAUAUGGAGGAUCUUACAGCUUCUAGUUUCGCAGCGAAAUUUGGAGAAACGUCUAGAGAAGGAGGCAACUCAAACGAGCAACAGGUCGCCGACGAAACGGGCCUCAAGGUUGGACGACAGCGAACAGUGUCCUCGCAAAAAGUUCAAAGGCAAGCCAACCAAAGAGAUGAAAGACAAGAAACUGGACAAAGGUUACCAUGGCAGCGGCGGCGGCGAGACGAGUAACGAUGGAGGGGCGGAAAAUGUGCCGCAGGAGAACGAGGACGACUGUGCGGCCGAGUUGUGCCUCCGACCGGAGGGAGACGAGGUGGACUGGGUGCAGUGUGAUGGCGGCUGCGAGCAGUGGUUCCACAUGGACUGUGUCGGUCUCGGCAAGACAGACCUCGCCGAAGACGAGGACUACAUAUGCGAGCAAUGCCUCCCCACCUCACCUCCCCCACCUCCUCAACCCUCAACCAUCACUCCUCCCGACUUCCUCGACCUCUCCUUACCAAUGCCCUACAUCAAGCAGGAGAUUGACAUCGAGCUGCAUCUCGACGAAGAGACUACCUCACCUGACGAUGACGAUUCUUUCUCACCUGCCUUGCCCAUUUCAGAAUGAUACGCUGUUCACUUCUUCCAGAAUCCUAUCGUUUCCACUACUAAAGCGGUAUUUUUAUAUUCCACCAGUAAUUUUGUAGCUGAGGAUGUGUAAGUGGAGUGCGAUUCGAUCCAUCAUCGACAGAAGGCAGAUGGAAGGUGUCACCAUCGCAAUCGGACUUCACAACUCAAUCCGUAAAAUACUCACUUUUAAUAUUUAUGAAUUUAUUGAUCAGUAGAUUGAACUUUAUUAUUCGUGUUUUAAUUUUGAAUGAUGUGAUUAAAGGUAUCUUAGGAUUAAACCCUCCAGAAUUUUAUUUUAUAGCUUCAUGUUCAAUGGGAAUUCUUUUCCAUUAGUUAAGCAAUUCAAGUAACUUGAAAAUUUCAAGUUUUUUCUCGAUCUCACCAAUGAGAGGCCUCUAGAGGCCUAUGUAUAAUAUUAAUAAUUAUUGUAGUUGUUUCUAAUAGUUACAAUUCAGUUUUUAAGAAUUAAGUUCUAAUAUGUAAUUAGUAAACGGAUUAUUAAAUUAUUCAAAAGGUAAAGUCAAUUGCAACUGUACUAUUUCCAUUCAAUUCUUGAUUAACUUUUACAUUUAUUCUAAAAAUGGAAUAUCUAUGCUCUUUUCAAGUAUUAUGUAUGUUUGUUGCUUAUAUAUUUUUAUUUUCUUGACGAAGUGUCACUUGAAACUUGAAAGUGCCUUUUCAGUAAAAUGUCUAUGCAUGAACUUUUCAUACGUCGAAUCUCUUGAAGUUAGGUUGAAAAGUGAAUAGUUUUUAAACAAAUGCUCAAAUUUGCAAGUUUUUUUCAAUUUCCAAUGAUUUUACGAAAUAGAGACGUAAUAUUUUCAAUGAGGUAUUUGAUUUGGCCUUUUGUUGAUAUGCAAUCUACCAUUCAAGAGUUGAUUUCACAUUAUAUGACUUGGGCCUACUAAUACGAGCUACCGUAUAUUUCAUGAGUCUUACAAGUAUUGCUAAGAAGUAUUUGAUGAGAAAAUGAGGUCUAUCACUGUAAAUACCUACCUCUCUUCAGUACAGUAGACCCCAUUCGAUUAAUAAAAUAUUCAAUAAUUAAAGUUUUCACAAAAAACAGGCAAUUUAGAAAAAAAUAUCUCCAUUAAAUAGAUUAUAGUUUUAUUUACUUUAAUUAUAACCAGUUAAAUAUUUUACUGUAUAAAUAAAAAUUUGCCAAUGCUUUUUAAAAAUAUCUGACAUUUUUUUAUUACACAAAAUUCGACAAAGUUAGCGGAAAUCUCGUCUACUUUCUUCUAAAAACGAUUUGGAUAAUUGGAGUUCUACUGUACACUAAUGAUGAAUUAAUCAGGAGUAUCCGAGUAACCUUAAUAUACGAGUACUUUAUUCUGAAAGUUUUAUUCAUAGUUUGUUAAUAUUUUUUAUCAGCAGAAAAGUUGUUAAUCAAAUCAAUUCCUAGUUAGGGUUCAAUUUAGGCUAAAUGAUACUCGAUUAAAUUCAUUUGACAACUAAAUUCCCAAAAAUAAUGCUUGAAUUUUACUCUUCAAAUCAACAAUUUAUUAUUGUAAAAUUCAUAUUUUUUAAUAUCAAGCGUUAAUUUGUUAUGUCAAGCUAACAAAACAUGGAAAUAAUGUUACAAUGAUGUGAAACAUUAUAUCAAUUAGAUUAUUGAUAAAGCUUCUACAUUUUUUCUUGAAAUAAAAUACUAAUUUUAAUUUGAAGUAUUAUAAAUAUUCUAUUUUGCUUGAUAUAUAUCUUGAAAGCUAGUUAGUAAUGUAUUUACUGACAAUGUUUCAGACACAGGUGACCCAGAUUAACGGAAACUUUCAAAAACGUCAUAAAACGAAAGUGAGAAAAGAAAAAUAGUUCUAUUUAUGUCAAUGAAAGCUUGAAAACUUGCCAUUAUUAUUAAGGAUCAUUACAUUUAUCUUUUUUUUUUUAAUUACAUCCUUUAGAUGGCUUCCUUCUUCACUAAUACAUUUUUGAAAUCUGUGUUGAAGAUUCCUUAUCAAUCACUGCCACAUUUCAACUGGGAUAUUUAAAUUUCAUUUUGAACUGUCUGUUUUAAUUCAACCGCAGUAAUUGUGAGCACUUUUGAUUUGAGAUGCCCAACAAAAAUAAGGAGGAUAAAUCGGGCGAUUUAUGGCUAGCUACACACAAAUCGAUUUUUUGCCGUCCUUAUGAAUUCUAUUAGAUUGAACAGAUGAUGUUUGUCAAGUUCCGUCAAUGUGAGAAUAUCGAACAACUAUUAUAGGUACUGAACUCUCAGCAUUUGCUCACAUUUAUUUACUCGAUACAAAUAUACAGUAAACGCUUACAAAGACCAGUGAUCGAUUUACGAAAUGAGACUGACUUUCAAUUCAUAAAGACGAACAAAAAUCGAUGUGUGUGUAACUGACUUAUGAGGCCAAGAAACGCAACUGAAUCGUGAGACACGGUUAGGCAUCAAACAAUAGACGCUCGUUCAGCUGCUAUUGACUACCGUGCACACGAUUCGAUCAAUAAUUUUGAAUGAAUUGAAAAGUAAAACAGGAUUCGGAAUUAAAUGUAGAAUAUUCCAGUUAAUAUUGCAGCGAACAAUUAGGAAUCUUCAACAUAGAUUUAAAUAAUGUAUUCGUGAAGAAUAAAGCCAUCUAUAGGAAGUAAUAUAAAGGAAAUAGUAUAACCUUAAAUUGCAAGUUUUUAUUGUCAUAAAUAGAAUUAUUCUUUCCCUUAUCACUUUUGUUUUUGACAUUUUCAAAAGUUCCUGUUGAUUAGGGUCACUCACCCUUUAAUUUAAGUCAAUUAUCAGCCUUUAUUCAACGUUUUGUAAUUUAUUUACUAGGAUCAUCUCCGAAUGUUGAAAUCUCUAUUAUGAUAUGUCAACUGGAGUAUUUCAAUCAAUUACAAUAAUUUAUCAUUUAUAUACAUUAUUUAAGGAUAAUAUUCCAAUAUUUAGAAGUUCCAUGCUCUUCCAGUUAAAUAUAUUUUUAAUUGUAGUAAUUACAAUAAAGAAUCCAAGUUCAAGAGUUUUAAAUUCCGUUGUUGAAAUAAAAUUAAAUAUUAUUUAUUAUUGAUAUUCUUAAUUAUUGAAAUAUUUUCAGUCGGUUACUGGAAAGAUCAACGAUAAUAAUGUAUUACUACUUACAUAAAUAAUUAUGUAAGUAGUAAUUAUUAUUAUUAUUUUACUACUUACAUGUUUUGGUUGUAAAUGUAAUUUGCUAAAAAUAAUACCCAAUAAUAUAAUAUUUUAUAGUAUUCAAAGGAAGAACUAUUCUUCCUGUUUGAAAGUUUAUUAACAGGUUUUAUUUAUUCACCAAAUACUAUUUAAACUGAUUUGAAUGUUUUUUAACUAUACAUUUUUCUAAAGGUUUUAAGACUGGUUUUAUUCCUAACAUUAUGCUAAUUCUUCAGAAUAUAUUCUGGAAAGAGCUGCAACGCUUGAAACAAGGUUAUCAUCAAAGUCAUGGGCAAGGAGCCGACAUCAUGCUUUCUUUCUAGAUCUUUCAAAUUUGGUGCUAAAAAAUUAAGUCCCUCUGACGGUUUAGCUUUUAAGUUACUGAGGCAGUGUUUAGACCGAAAAGAAUCUAAAAAUUUAAGGAGUGGCAUUCUCAAGAAAUGUAUUACUUGCAAUGACUGCUAUCUUUAAACCCAUUGCAACUUCAAACAUCAUUGCAAACUUGAAUCAUUUUUGCUAUAUCCUGUGAGCUCGCACAAGGCUUGCCAUGUUCAUUUAGCCACCAUUCAAGCAGACAUAUCCCGUGCCAAUAUAAACAUGACUUCUUCAACAUCCAUCUUUGAACACUUUCGAUAGUUCAUCCUCUUGGACACAAAUCAAUGAAACAAUUCCACUAGCUUCUCCAUUUAUCCCAUAUCACAAACUGUCUUUAACUAGUUGCCGCUUGCUAUGCUUCUCAGGAAAUAAUCAGUCUUGGGUCUUGAUGAAAUUUUGCACCUUGUGAAUAAAAAGCAAUGGACCCAGUGUAUUUUUAAAUAAUCAGAGUCUAAUUAAUUGUUCUAUUUCAUUCAUUGUGUGUAUUCAUUGAAAAAAAAUUACAAAUUUAUUUAGUAAUUACAAAUGUAUUCUCAAUUCUCAUUUAAUCAGUUAUUUAUUGCAGCUGAAAUAGCCUAUUUGAAACAUAACAUAGGCCAAGUUAAAUAAUAACAAUCGAAUUCUAUUAUGAUUGUACUAGUAUUAAUGCAUUUGUUUAAAUUUGAAGCGAUUAAUGUUUUUCGUCAAUUCACUUGUGUGCGUACUUCAGUAGCUUUCAAGUAGAGAAAGCUCAAUAUUAAAUCUUGGUGAUUCAUACAAUAUACAAUAUAUUCUUCCAAGUAAUAAAACGUAUCGAGUAUUUGUUUGACUUUUUAAUGUAAGUUCAAACCUUCCAAUUAGUAUGAAAAUGAUGAAUAAUUUAUUGUAUGAUUUUUAAUAAGCAAGUUGAGUUGAUACGGUGCAGGGGCCGCUUAAAUGUAUAUAUUUACUUAUUUGAAUUAACGUCGCAUUACUGUAAUGGAGAUGAGCCUCAGAGCGCAAUGAUUUAAUAUAUUAUUGAGUGAAUGAUAAGGGUUUAUUAUUUAUUAAUAUUUCUGGAGGGGUAAACUAACUUCAAUUGGAAUAGAUUUGUGCUUCUAUAUGUUGGUUGUGAUGAGUUUUCAUCAGUACUUGUAUCAUUUUUAUACUUUAGACUAUUCUUUCCACUACUGCUAAUUUACUAUGUACAGGUAGAACAAAUGAAACACUGAUAUAUUAUUAUGUUUUCCAAUGUCUCCAGUAGAUUUAGUAUGAAAGUAUUAUAUUUAUCUCGUGGAAUUGACCUGAACUGAUUUAUAAAUAUAUAUUGCAAUAGCAUUAUAUAUUUUCAAAGAAUUUCGCGUCUAUCAAAAUGAUCUUCAUAUUCAUAAUGACAUAACAUAGGUAUUUACAUAGUAUUGAAAAAUCUAUAUGUGUUCACUUAGAUAAAGUUUAUAGUAAAUUUCAUUUACUUUCAACCAAAGUGUAAACUCAGUGGAGCUUAUUCCAGCACACGAGCUUGUAGUACACGAUGGUGUCAAUUAUCAAGUUUGAAUCAACCAAGAGAAUUUCCUUGUCAAGCUUUAUGAAGCAGAAAAUCAUUCUGAAUUAGACGCUCGAAUUCUGAUUUUAGUUGAAUGUUAUAUUUAGAAAAAAUUUACUAUGUGCCGAAAUUAUUAAAAUAUUGGCAGAGAUUUCUUAGCCUGUA